CGGCACCGCCGCGCGGGAGUCUGGGUGCCGCCCCCGCAGCCGGGACUCCUGGUGCCGUCUGGUCGCUGGCGGAACCCUCGCCAACCCCGGACCCAGCAGGGCAAAGUUAUGUCCUAUUUCAGCAUUUGCUUCUGAAUUUGGCAUACAAAUUUCAGGACACAUGGAUGAGUGCCAACUUUUGCAUUUCCUGUGUGUAUCUUAUGAUCCUUCUAUCGUGGCUAUUCAAUUUUUUAGAACAUUCUUCAAAGAGUUCAUGCAUCUUGCUGAGGACACCUGACCUUUUGAAGCUUCAUAAUUCACAUCUAGAUGUCACCAGUCUUUCCCAUGUUAACAGUUUUGACUAUGUUUUAUUAUCUAUGCCUUCGGCGCCGAGCUAGGAUAGCUACAAGAGGAGAAAUGAUGAACAACCAUAGAACUAUAGAAUCAAACAGCCAGACUUCUUCUCUCAAUGCAGAGGUGGUCCAGUAUGCCAAAGAAGUAGUGGAUUUCAGUUCUCAUUAUGGGAGUGAGAAUAGUAUGUCCUAUACCAUGUGGAAUUUGGCAGGUGUACCAAACGUUUUCCCAAGUUCUGGUGACUUCACUCAGACAGCUGUGUUUCGAACUUAUGGAACUUGGUGGGAUCAGUGUCCUAGUGCUUCCUUACCAUUCAAGAGGACGCCACCUAAUUUUCAGAGCCAAGACUAUGUGGAACUUACUUUUGAACAACAGGUGUACCCUACAGCUGUUCAUGUUCUGGAAACCUAUCAUCCUGGAGCAGUCAUUAGAAUUCUGGCUUGUUCUGCAAAUCCCUAUUCCUCAAAUCAGCCAGCUGAAGUUAGAUGGGAGAUUCUUUGGUCAGAAGGACCUACGAAGGUGAAUGCUUCCCAGGCUCGUCAGUUUAAACCUUGUAUUAAGCAGAUAAAUUUCCCUACAAAUCUUAUACGACUAGAAGUAAAUAGUUCUCUUCUGGAUUAUUAUACUGAAUUAGAUGCAGUUGUAUUGCAUGGUGUGAAAGACAAGCCAAUGCUUUCUCUCAAGACUUCAUUUGUUGACAUGAAUGAUCUUGAAGAUGACUAUGAAGGAAAGAAUGGAUGUGGAAUGGACAAUCUGAAGAAGAAGUUUAGCAAUACUGCCCUCAGGGACUUGCCUAAUAAUGGAUAUUUUGAUAAACUACCUUAUGAGCUCAUUCAACUGAUUCUGCACCAUCUUACGCUACCAGACUUGUGCAGAUUAGCACAAACUUGCAAACUACUGAACCAACAUUGUUGUGAUCCUCUACAAUAUAUCCACCUCAAUCUGCAGCCAUACUGGGCAAAACUAAAUGAUACCUCCCUAGAAUUUCUUCAAGCUCGCUGCACUCUUGUCCAGUGGCUCAAUUUAUCUUGGACUGGUAACAGAGGCUUCAUCUCAGUUGCAGGAUUUAGCAGAUUUUUGAAGGUCUGUGGAUCUGAGUUAGUACGACUUGAAUUAUCGUGCAGCCACUUUCUUAAUGAAACUUGCUUGGAGAUUAUUUCUGAGGUGUGUCCAAAUCUACAGGACUUAAAUCUGUCAUCCUGUGAUAAACUACCACCUCAAGCUUUCAACCACAUUGCCAUGUUAUGUGGCCUUAAACGACUUGUUCUCUAUCGAACAAAAAUAGAGCAAACAGCGCUGCUCAGCAUUUUGAACUUCUGUUCAGAGCUUCAACACCUCAGUUUGGGUAGUUGUGUAAUGAUCGAAGAUUAUGAUGUGAUAGCUAGCAUGAUAGGAGCCAAGUGUAAAAAGCUCCGUACUCUGGAUCUGUGGCGAUGUAAGAACAUUACUGAGAAUGGGAUAGCAGAACUGGCUUCUGGAUGUCCACUUCUGGAGGAGCUUGACCUCGGCUGGUGCCCUACCCUGCAGAGCAGCACUGGGUGUUUUGCCAGACUGGCACGCCAGCUCCCAGACUUGCAAAAACUCUUUCUUACAGCCAACAGGUCAGUGUGUGACACAGACAUUGAAGAAUUGGCUUGUAAUUGUUCCAGGUUACGGCAACUGGACAUAUUAGGAACAAGAUUGGUAAGCCCUGCAUCCUUGAGAAAACUCCUGGAGUCCUGUAAAGAUCUUUCCUUACUUGAUGUGUCCUUCUGUUCACAGAUUGAUAAUAGAGCUGUUCUAGAGCUUACUGUGAGCUUUCCAAAAGUAUUCAUUAAAAAGAGCUUUACUCAGUGACUUGAUCUGUGUUCUAGAUUAAAAAUUAAUGUGCUUUGUUGGGUCUUAUUUGAGAAGUGGUUUUCAGUACCAUUAAGACAUUUAUGUUCCAAUUGGCUAUUUGAUGAUUUUGAAGAAAAUAUGAAAUUG